AAACAGUUUUCUUCUGGCAUGUUCCGGCGGCGUCUUGAGGAGUACCUGACAGCGUGCUACAUUCUUGCUUUUCAUUCCGUUUGUUCUCCUUGAUUUCUCACUGAUCCACUUCGCAUUCACUAGGUCGUUGUCACGAACAAGGAGCGCCGGCAGUUGUGUGCGAGUAGUGGCAUUCUCUCACUACUGAGUUGCAAGCAAGUCCCGGCGUGGAGAGUGACUCCUCUCCAUCUCUCUGAUUUUCAAAUUUCGGGCUUUUGCCAUUAGCCUCUCCUUCAGCAAUCAUCCAUCUAGCCAGGAGAUGUCGUACGCACGCGGAACAGAACUCGACCCCCUGGUCGACCAAUUCCAGCAUCUUUCUACGAAAUCUCGCGCAAAUGAAGCUCUCCACAUCCUGAAGAAGACCGCCUCGAUAGUGAAGCCCAUCAUGCGAAUCCGCAAUUGGCGUGUCGGAAUGCUAUGCGAAUUCUUUCCCGAGGACCACGGACUGCUGGGUCUGAACGUUAAUCGCGGCGAGAAGAUCUACCUCCGGCUGCGCUACCCCGGAGAUGAUACGCAAUUCCUACCGUUCGAGAAUGUGGUGGAUACCAUGCUGCAUGAGUUAUCUCACAUUGUCCACGGUCCACAUGAUCAGGCUUUCCAUGCCCUCUGGGACAAACUUCGCGACGAGCACGAAACGCUCCUUCGCAAGGGUUAUACUGGCGAAGGAUUCCUCGGGAAAGGAACCCGGCUGGGUGGUCGGGGCAUACCCAGAGCUGAGCUUCAACGACAAGCCCGUGCAGCGGCGGAGAGACGUCGGCAGGUAUCCGUCCUUUCGCAGGGCAGCGGGGGGAAAGUCGGCGGUCAGGGGAUCUUGCGAGGCCAGAAUGCUCGGGAGAUAAUUGCCGCAGCUGCCGAGAAACGCAAUCGCAUCAGCCGCGGCUGUGGCAGUGCCAUUCCUGAUAUGGGUCGGAAGAUAAUGCAACAAGAGGCUAUCAAAAAGGAGAAGGUCACCACCACCAAGGCGGACAAAGCGGACGAAGAUGAGGCGGCAUUGAUGCAGGCAUACAUUGACAUGAUUCAAGAAGAAGAGGCGCAGAUGGUCGGCGCGGGAUACAUCCCUCCCAGCCAGGACAAUCCCACCGGAGGCGUCCAGAAGGGCAACAGCAUCUUCCCGCCUGUUGACACGAGAUCCCUGCGGGAAGAACAACUUCAGAUUGAGCGGCAACUGCAGCAGCAGGCACAGUCGGGCAAGGAGUAUGAACCCGAGACAAAGCCAAAAGCGAAACCGAACACCCCACCUCUCCACCACCCGCCGCCAGAACUGCCUCAAGAUGAAGAAACCUGGACCUGCGAUGUCUGCACCCUCAUCAACCCGAUCAACUACCUGCUGUGCGGAGCCUGCGAGACAGAGCGACCAGCCAUCUACGCGCAGCCUAUCCCCACCUCGCCCUUGCCAUCAGCAUCCGCCAACAGCUCGUACCCCGGACCCAGAUCUCAAGCCAACACCUCCCUGCCUCGCUCAUCCAAGCCUCCCGCCUCGGGGUCCCGCGCAUAUAAUGCCCGUCCCAACCAUCCUUCCUCGGUCCUUGCCCCACGCCUCGGCGCCGCCGAUAACAUCGCCCGUUUCGAAGCAGCGGCCAAGGAAAAGGCUCAGACCAAUCCCCUAGGAUGGACCUGUGGCCGCUGUGGAACGUGGAUGGAAAAUCAGUGGUGGACGUGUAGCAUGUGUGGACGGAUGAAAGACACUUCAUGACCGAAGAUUUCCAACACGCAGGGAGUUGAGGGAAGGGGAUGUGUGCAUUGGUACUUGGAGCCUGCAUGAAAACAGAUAGGGCAACGGGAUUGGGUAAGACGCAAGGGGAAUGAACCAUGUCCAGUCGAGCUGCCUGGAGCUUACGAUAACGAUCUUCUUGUUUGAGCGCAAAGAUAUGCUGCGUGGUCUUCUUUUCUUACCAUACCUUGACUAGGGUUGAUGGAUGUACAUGAGCAACGGCAGUAUGGACUGCGGAGACGACUUGAGGACAGAAGGCCGUGGGUGUGUCCAUGGUGAGAAGGACAACAUCAUACAUUUGAUCCAAGGCAUACUUUCCUUCGCUGUAGUGCGUGGUAUGUACCUUUGCAGCGGGAUUGUCAGACAGAGGCACUUCAAUGUAUAGAAACUUGCAACGCAAUCGUCAAGAGGGGCAAGUUUGGGAUUGCUAUUCCACUCCCUACA